GUGACAUUUGAACCUGCUCCUUCAAUGCCUUCUGUCCCUAAGCACCGAUGGCUGAUGCAGGUGUAUGCCCAGGAUGUCCUGCAAAGGCUGGAUGAGAUGAAGGCCACUAUCACAUCACAAUAUGGUCGGAUCUUAAAAAUGGAUUCUACUAAAAAAGUGGCCAGAAGACUAGCAGGACGCAGCUAUGGCACUGCUACUUGGGCAACUAAUGUUGGCAAUGAGCAUGGACAGGUGAUCAUGUCCGUGCUCACAGCCAGCGAAGGUUUUGGUCUCGGGCCAAUGAUUGAAGGCCUUAUCAAGCAAUACAGGGUGGCUCCUCCCGAAGUACUGUAUGUCGACCAAGACUGCUGUGGCAACACUCUUUUGAGGAGGAUGUUUGAAGAGUGGGAGCAAAUGACCAUCCGGUUAGAUGUAUGGCACUUCAUUGCAAGGUUUGCUGUGGGUUGCACCACCGACUCUCACCAGCUGUAUGCCACAUUUAUGAGUCGCCUCAGCCAUGGUAUUUUCAUGUGGGACCAGGUCGACCUGACGGCCCUGAAGACAGCGAAGCAUGCAGAGCUAGAAGCUGACGGGAAACCAUCAUCUGAGGCUGAUGUGCUGCACUGUAUCAGUCGUAGCGAGCUAGCAGUACAUUGCAGGAGAACCACUCGCGGGACCAAAGAGACCCUGGCGCUGAUUGAGAGCCAUAUUCAGGCCUUUGAUGGAGAUGCUGGUCGUGACACUCUUGGAGUCCCACUAAUAAACUCAGCCUGGAUGAGAGAGAUUUUAAAGUCCCAGCGGAAGCACGUGGCCUGCAUCCAGGAUCCUGUCGGUGUGCAGCUCUACAUGCAGACGGGUACCUUAUUGAAGGGAGGGCACCGCCUGCCAACCUACCGCUGUGCCAGAGGUUCCACUUCGCUUGAGUCAUUUCACCUGCACCUUAACAGAUUCAUCCCAGGCACACUGGCAAGUGACACCUUCUUUCAGGUGUAUCUUUUGGAUGGACUUGCAAGAUGGAAUGAGGACCGGGCUGUGGCAGCAACAACUGAUGAGCAGCAGCCACAUUCCUACAAUCAUCUUCUGCGUCAUGCUGUCAAUACUCUUGACAGUGGUCAGAGACCACUGAGGUUGGUAUAG